AUGCAGGUGACUGAAUUGCCGGCCGAUGAGGCGCGCAAACCGCGCCGCUCUUUGAAACCGGUGGCCUUUUGUGCCGUCGCGUUCGCCACGAUUAGCGUUUUGGCGUGCGCUGUAACGUUGCCUAUUGUCUACAAUCAUGUGCAGAGUGUGCAGUCGUACAUGCAGAACGAGGUCGAUUUUUGUAAGGUGAGCGGAUUUGAUGUUUUUAAGGGAAAAUUGGAAAAAUAUCGGGAAAUGAUGACUUUUUGAAAGAAAUGGCUGUAAAAUAUGCGAACUUAAAUAUAUAAUUUAAAAAUUUGUUAUUCUAGUAAGGUUGUUAUAUGAGUUUUCUAAUGCAACUAAGCAUUUUUGCCAUUGUAUAUUACCUUUUUGCAAAAUCAACAAAUUAUCAUCUGAUGUCAAGUGUAAUAUAAAAAUGCUACCAAAGGUGGAAAAACAAAAAAAAAAUGGAUUUCAGACCCGCUCACGCGACAUGUGGAAGGAGAUGGUUCAAAUCCAAUCCGCCUCCGGCAUUCCCACCCUCUCCACCGUAGACAGAACCAAGCGUCAAACCUAUGACGCCCAACAAGUUGGUGCGCCCCCAGGAACCAGUGGAAAUCCCCAAGGCGGAUCCUGCUGCUCGUGCCAGGUUGGCCCUCCAGGACCUCCCGGUCCACCAGGCCGCGAUGGUAGACCGGGCGCGCCAGGAAGACCGGGAAAUCCGGGUCCACCGGGACGCGACGGAGUCCUCCUGCCCGGUCCCCCACCAAAACCACCAUGUCAGAAAUGCCCUCCCGGCCCACCCGGACCUCCCGGCCCACCCGGCCCGAAGGGAUUGCCCGGUCCACCCGGUGAGCCGGGCGCGCCAGGCCGCGACGGAACCCCCGGAUUGCCCGGACCUCCCGGCCCACAAGGCCCUCAAGGACCGCCCGGCCAGCCCGGCGACAAAGGGCCUCCCGGAGAGCCGGGAAAAGUCAUCAACGGAGCUCCGCCCGGUCCACCCGGACCUCCCGGUCCACCUGGGCCACAAGGACCGCCCGGCCCGCCAGGACGUGAUGGACAGCCCGGGAAGCCCGGACCUCCAGGACCACCGGGAGAUGCGGGAGAAAAGGGUGCCGAUGGGCUGCCCGGACCACAUGGACCACCUGGCCCGAAGGGACCGCCCGGAAACCCCGGAAGCUGCGAUCAUUGCCCACCGCCAAGAACCGGACCCGGAUAUACAAGGCGUUAG